AUGGCCGAAAAGUACCUCUCCGACUCAACGACCAGGCUCAAGCUCGACGGUAGCAACUACCGUGAAUGGUGCGUCAAGACGCGGGCCAAGAUCAACCAGCAAAAGCUGGGUAAGUACCUCAAGAAGGUCCGCUUUGCAGACGGAACAUACUCGAAUGGGUCAAAUGAAGAAGACGACCUAGUUGCUUUAUCCUACAUUCAACUAGGCAUACACGCGGACCAUCUCCAAUUCGUCAAGGACACGGCUACAACCCAUGAGACAUGGGAAUCUCUCAAGGCCAUCUACGAGAGCGCGUCCGAGGUCAACCUCGUUACCCUCCAACUUCAAAUGAGCAAGCUGGAAUGGAUUGAGCGCACGGGGCUGGAAGCGUUCGCCGACCAGUUCCAAGAGUUCAUGCGCAAGCUCUCGGCGGCCGGUGACACGACGGCGGACAAGGCGCACUUAACCCGUUUCCUGUGUCUCCUACCACCGAGAUUCGCCAACACAACGACGAGCGUCAAAAGCUACACGACCCUAAUUUUGGCCAAGCGAGCGAAUACAAUGGACGACGCCCUCAACGUCGGCCCGGACGACUGCCAUUACUGCGGGAAGACCGGCCACUACAAGGCAGACUGCCGCCGACGUUCCGCCGACAGAGAGAAAGGAAUUGACCGCCAAAACGUGCGCCAACCCCCAAGGACAAACGGCGGUCGUGGCGGCGGCCGUGGACGCGGACGUAGCGGAUGGGGGCGACAUGACGACAGCAACUACGUCAAGGAUGACGACGACGAAGACCUAUUUAUGGUCCAAGAGAUAAGCAUCGCUCAAGCCGAUGGCGACAUGAAAACCUACCGUCACGAGACGGACGGGGACAAAAGCGGUGGUCCAAUGGAACUCGAAGAUGAGAUCGACGAAGUGACGGCCGACCUGGCCAACUAUGCAACAAUGUUGAGCGACGACGACGAUGAAUGCAACAACGUCCUCUCAUCCAAAGCCGAAGUGAUUGUGGACAGCGCGCGGCGUCCGACUCGCGGACGGCCACCCGAUCUCUGUCACUACGACGGGGGACGUGAGAAUGAAAUCGAGGGACACGGGACGUACAGUUGUCUUUCGCAACGUGCUGCUCGUCCCGAGCCUGACCAAGACGCUCAUCUCCAUCAGCCGGAUCACCGGCAGUGCAGAUGCGCGUCCAUUCCAUUCAAGAAAGAUUACUGUAACAUCCGAUCGAGGACACACCUGUCGAUCGCCGGCAAGUGGAACGCGGCGCGCUUGUACGCGGUGCACGGGGACGUCUUCAAGCCAAGGCCAGCGGCAGACCAAGCGAACUCAGCCGAGGUCGCCGAACCGAUGCUGUGGCAUACCCGCUGCGGCCAUGUCCCCUGGAACUCGAUGUCAGCAAUGAUCAAGGCCACGAAGGGAGGACCUACCAACCUAAGGUUACCGGACAGCCUGUCGUGCGAAGACUGCAUCCGCGGCAAGAAAACACACACGUCGCCGCCCAAGGAAGGCGAUUGCCCGCGUCACCAGCUCGGCAUGUGCGACGCCACGAACUACGUCUGGGUCAAGUUCCUCCGCAAGAAGAGCGACACGUUCGCCGCCAUGAAGGAGUACCUACCAUGGCUCGAGCGGCAAUCGGGCGCCAAGCUUAAGACCAUGCGGUCUGACAACGGGAGUGAGUUCAUUGGCGACGAAGUGGAAGGCUACCUGACGGAACGAGGGAUCGACUAUGACGAGACGUACGCACCGGUCGUCCGCGGUGACUCGUUGCGGCUGACUCUCGCGAUCGUGACCGAGCGUGGAAUGAAGUGUCGUCAAGGCGACACGACCAACGCGUACAUCCACGCGGAUUCGGAUCGCAUGCUCCACAUGGACAUGCCAGACGGAUUUGGCGAUGACAGCGGUCGAGUCUGGGUGAUCGAGAAGGCCCUAUACGGCAUGAAGCAAAGUGCCUUGAUGUGGUACGUACACUUCAAGGGCAUCUUGGAAGACGACGGCUCCGCCCGCCAUGCGGGGCGACGGCUGUGUCCUCACGCGCCGGACAAACGGUGCUCUUCAGACGAGGAGGUCGACGCGAUCUUUAACCACAUGCAGGCCCACAUCCGCCUGAAUGACAUGGGCUCCGUAGCCAAGUUGCUGGGAAUGGAGAUUUAUCGCAAUGAGGAUGAGAUGACGAUGGAUGUGCUCCAAGUGACGUACAUCGAGCGGAUGGCAGCCAAAUACGGCCUUGCGAGUGCCAAGGCAGUCGACACGCCGAUCCCGCCAGGGACGAACCUGAGCGAGGACGUCGGCACGGUCCUCAAUGACGACAAGCCAUACCGCCAGAUUGUGGGAUCGCUGCUGUACUGCGCCAUGGCCACACGACCCUUCAUCGUCCAUGCAGUCACUCAACUGUCCCGCCACCUAACUCAGCCGCAUCAGCUCCACAUGCACAUGGAGCGCCGCGUUGUUGCCUACCUCUUGCACACAAAGACGGUAGGGCUCACAUUCACCGGCGGUCGCAGAGGAAGCGACAAACUCGUCGACUUCUCCGACUCGAGCUGGGUGGACGACCGCGCCACAGGAAGAUACACGUGUGGUUACUUAUGGAUGAUGGCUGGCGGCGCGAUCUCGUGGCGGUUAAAACUGCAGGCCAUCGUGACGCUGUCGACGGCCGAGGCCGAAUAUGUCGGCGCUUGCCUGGGCGCGCAACACGAGCGCGAUCGCGAUCGGCUCGAACCAAGCCAGCAUCCAGAGGACCAAGCACCUAGCACUACGCUUCUACUUUCUGCGGGACUUGUCAAGAGCGGCAAGUUUACACUGGCGCACCUGCCCACCAAUGUCACGCCGGCAGACGUCUUUACCAAGCACGUGUCCAAGGAUAAGUUGAAGACCGCGAUGGCAUUCAUGGGCAUGGGAGGCUGUUGUGGUUUCUGCCCAUGA